UUUUGAGCAUCAAUCACCGACGACAAGCAAAAACGUUGUUUUCUACUGUCGGUGUCAUAAAAAACAAAAGCUUCGAAAAAGAACAACUGAGAAAACCAAAAAUCGAAACUUUUUCAUUUCUAGUAAUUAUAAAGUUCGGAUCCUGAUAUAUUCGAUUCUAAUUUUUAUUUUAUUCUCACGCGCUACAUCACCCAUCAUCAUACACCCUCAAUUAUCUCAUUCUGGGAUGAUUUUCUAUCUUUGCGUUCGUAUUUUCGUUAAUCCCAAUAUUUCGGUCUAUGUCUGAAUUUUGGGAUGUUCUCUGGCAUGGCUCUUUUGAGAAACAAUGCUGAAUUAUUUCCGGAGAGAAGACUCAUCAUUGAUGCAGCUUUGAAUUCUGUUGCUAAAAGUGAUCAUGGCUCUAAAAUUGUACGUCGUGGUGGUAGAAGGUUCAGUAGGAUUACUAAACAAAGACUUUUGCGCUGGAGUUUCCUCCUCCUGGCACUCUUUUCCAUUUUCUUAACUGUUUAUGGACUGAAAAAGUUUUUACAAGCUAAAAUCGAAUCCAGAUUCUCAACUCCAGUUGAUCUUGAGGGAGAGCGUCACCUAGAAGAGACUAGAUAUUUAUACAACUAUGGAAGGCCACCUAAAAGCAAGCGUCGGAAGCAUUUUCCUUGUGAAGUUGGACUUCGGCAAUCAGUAGAUGGCCUUAUUGAACCCAAAGAUUAUAUGAACUUCACAUGGGUUUCUCUAGAUUAUGUUGUCGGUGAAAAAAAAACAUCGGAAAAUGAUUUAUUUGAACCUCGAUUUGGAGGGCACGCAACUCUAGAGGAAAGAGAAAAGUCAUUUUAUGUGAAAAACCAGACAAUCCAUUGUGGUUUUGUCAAGGGACCGCCAGGAUAUCCAAGCAUUGGAUUUGAUUUAGACGAAAAGGAUAGAGCAUACAUGUUCAGCUGUAAGGUUGCAGUUUCUUCAUGCAUUUUCGGAAGCUCGGAUUAUAUUCGGAGGCCUACAAGUAAACUGAUCAGUCAAUAUUCGAAGGACAAUGUUUGUUUUGUCAUGUUCAUGGAUGAUCAAACACUGUCCAAACUUUCGUCAGAAGGAAACCGUCCUGAUGAAAGAGGUUACAUUGGCAUGUGGAAAGUAGUUAUUGUAAAAAGCUUACCAUAUGAUGACAUGCGUAGAACCGGCAAGGUGCCAAAAUUUUUAUCACACCGUCUCUUCCCAAAUUCUAGGUAUUCAAUUUGGCUUGACAGCAAGAUGCGACUCACAUCUGACCCUAUGCUGAUUAUUGAAUAUUUUUUAUGGCGGACGAAGGCAGAAUAUGCCAUUUCAAAUCAUUAUGAUCGUCACAGUGUCUGGGAGGAGGUACUCCAAAAUAAGCGCUUAAAUAAAUACAACCACACAGCAAUCGAUGAACAGUUUAGCUUUUACGAGUCUGAUGGCCUCCCUAGGUUUGAACCAUCAAACGAAAAUCCUCUUCCAAGCUAUGUUCCCGAGGGUUCCUUUAUAGUCAGGGCGCAUACACCAUUGUCAAAUUUAUUUUCAUGUCUUUGGUUUAAUGAAGUUGAUAGAUUUACAUCCCGUGAUCAAUUAAGCUUUGCUUAUACUUAUUUGAAGCUCAGGAGAAUGAAUCCAGAUAAACCAUUUCAUCUAUAUAUGUUCAAGGAUUGCGAACGUAGAGCGUUGCUGAAGCUAUUCCGGCACAGGACAGGUCCAUCUCCACCAGGGACUGCUUGAACAGUUCCACCUCUAGAUUGCUUGGUCAAUUCCAUCUCCUUAAGGUUCCUUUUGUUUCCACUUGAGAAUAUAUUGGUCAUUUUGAUUGUUCAGUGUCAUCAUUAGAAUUCAAAUCAACGUGUAACUGCAGACUUUUUGUACCCCAGGGAUCCAAAUCCCAAGGGAUGCACACUGAAGAGAAAGGUAAUUAUACUUGACAUCCCUUCCAGCAUGACUAGUAUCAUUUUGAUGUGUAUGUUUUAAGCUGGAUCAGAGAAAGGCAAACUCAACUAUAGCGAAAGCGGAUUCUUGAUCUUCUUGCAUCUGUGGUUAAAAAGUGAUUCCUGAUGCAUUAUUGUUGCCAAGAGUCGGGGUCCAAUGGAAGACCUUGUGAGCGUAAGGGCAAGUUGAUCAACGAACAAUAGUUUGUUCAGCUUCCUUGUGUUUUGAGUUAAUUAUGGAGGAAUAGAUGAUUUUACUAACAUGUAAAAUUAGUGGCUUAGUAGAGGUUAUUAGUUAGAGGCUUAAUGCAGGAGGUAACAACUUUAAGGAAAUUGCCCAUACAUUUUGGUCAAUCAGGAAUUUUCCUUUUGUAACGCGCCCCGAUAUGAAAGCAAUGAACUACUUUGAUUCAUAGCCAUUGUAUUGCAAAGUAUUAAUAACAUGUUUUUAAUAAUA